AUGGAAAUGGACCUGAGAAUGUAUUCUACAAACGUUCGUAUGGGUCUUGCGAUGCUGGUUGGAUGUCUAGGAAUAUUCGGUACAGCCACAAACCUCUUACUUUUGUGGGUUCUCUACCGACGGAAGGACAUCCGAACGUCCGCUACCGUGUACGUGGUCAACCUGACAGCGGUGGACCUGCUAGUGACCACUGUAGUGGACACACUACAUGUCCUGGGGAUCGCCUGGCCGGAGUUCUACCGACCGGACGCACAGAAUUCAAACUCAACGGUCUGUGACAUCACAGGUAGCCUGUGCGUUGCCGGUUGCGUCAUCUCACUAGCCAUCACCGCCGUCAUCUCCGUCAACCGGUACCUCUUCAUCUGCAAACGGCAAACGCACGACGACGUCUUCACCAAGAGAGGCGCUGCGGUUAUCGUGGUGGGCAUGUGGACCUACGGGCUCGGGUUCGUGUUACCGUUGUGGUUUGGUUGGGGCAGCUUUCGCUACGACCAUAAGACCAUGAACUGCGCGUACGAUCGAACCAAGACCUCCUACACUCUGGUGUUUCUACUCGUCGGACACCUUCUCCCGACUCUGACGGUGUUCGCCUUCAACACGGCCCUGUACCUCAACGUCGUGAAGAUCAAGAACAACCUGAGAAGAUACCUCCAAGACAGGACGCCACCGCAAGCAAGACAAGGCACGAAGGCGCUACGAUCGCUCAGCGUACUGUGCAUCUACUUCGUAGUGUGCUGGCUGCAAUACGCCGUGAUUGUGUUGGCCGAUUACGACGACAGAUGGCCCGGUGGGGUUCAUUUUUCAAGCUUAGUGAUCGCGCACUCGAGCAGCAGCAUGAACGGCGUCAUCUACGCUCUGACGGACAGAAAAGUGAGGGAACAGAUCUGUAGAACGUUUCGCAAGAUCAGAGAAGCUGGGCCAACGGCGUUCAGCAUGAGAAAGGGGCCUACAAGCACGAGGAACGUGUAUGUGGGCUAA